AUGGCGGACGCUCUCUCCAUUGAACAGAACAACAAGAUUCGAGUAGCCCUCGGUCUCAAGCCACUCCCCGUCCCUGGCGCCGGUCCCCAAUUUCAAGAAUCCGACAGCGAGUCCGGCGAAGAAGAGGAAGAAGCCAGCACCGUUGAAACGCGACAGGCAGCAGGAUACGACAACUGGAAGAAGUUACAGGAUGAUGCCGAGGCAAAGCGAAAAAGGGACGAAAGGAAUGCCGCCAUCAAGAAAGCUCGCGACAUCGCCCAACGAAACAUCCAACUUGAAGGCGCGACCCUCGGAGAAGAAAAUGGCGCCGAACUCGAUACCAAGGCUUGGCUAGCACAGUCCAAGAAGCGCACAAAGAAAGUCGAGAAGGAGCGCGCUCGCAGAACCGCCGAGGAACUUGAAGAGCGUGAGCGCCUCGCCGCGGCCGAGUACACUGCUGCCGAUCUGGCUGGUAUCAAGGUCGGACACUCGGCGGGUGAUUUCGAUGGUGGCGAAGAUCACAUUCUCACACUCAAGGAUGCGGCGGUGGAUGACGACGAAGUGAUGGAUGAACUUCAAGACACGGCCUUAGCGGAACAGGAAAAGCUACAAGAAAAGCUGGAGCUGAAGAAGAAGAAGCCUGUUUACGACCCACAUGCGGAGAGCCAGGGCAUCCUCUCACAGUACGACGAUGAGAUUGAUGGCAAAAAGCGGAAGAGGUUUACACUGGAUGCUAAAGGUUCAAAUGAAGAGCGCGAAGCCAAGCGUCAAGAAGUGUCGAAUCAGCUCAAGAAGAAUACUAUCAACCUCGAGUUCGAACCAGAGGUGCCCACAUCUGAUUACAUGGAUAUCAGUGAGGUCAAGAUCAAGAAGCCUAAGAAGAAGAAGGCCAAGACUACGAAACAGAGGGCAGUGAUGGACGACGAUGAUCUCGCCCCGCCUCCCGACAGCACCGAUACCCAAGGCAACUCCGCCAUGGAAAUUGAUUCUAGUGCGGGUGUACCAGUUCCUGCUCGCCGCAAGCCGACCACUGAAAAUGUUUCUUUUGCCGACGACGAUGAUCUUCAAGCCUCCCUUGCACUGCAACGGCGUGCUGCGUUUAAGAAGCGUAAGAAGAUCAGCCCAGAGGACCUUGCCCGCCAACUCCGUGAAGAAGAGGUCCAGACCGCGAUGGAAGACGAAGAUGAACCCGGUCUUGUCAUCGACGAAACAUCCGAGUUUGUCGCCAACUUGGACAAGGCCGAUCUCCUGGAAGCUCAAGGGAAGAAGACCAAGCCUGCUCCUCGACGAGCAUCUACAGAGGAACCCGCCCACACAGAGCCCGAGUCUCAGCCGGAAACCGAGGGCGAGGGUGUCGAAAUUGAUAUGGACCGCUACGGCGAUGUUGAAGAUGAAGAGGAGCUCACCGCACGCAUCAAACGCGAUGAAGCGGCUCAAGCUCAGUCAGAAAUUACAGGCACUGGCCUGGAAGAAGAAUCUACGUUGGAUGAAGGUCUCGGAGCCACUCUGAAGUUGCUACGAUCCCGCGGUCUGGUGAAGGACAAUGACGGUGGUUCCCAGAACGCGCUCAUGCGCGACCGCCAACAAUUCCUUGCCGAUAAAGCCAACCGCGAGACCGAAAUUGAGCGCCGCGCCCGCCAGCAGCGUGAGCGUGACCGUACCUCUGGCAAACUCGAACGCAUGUCAGCACGCGAGCGCGAGGAGCACGCUCGCUGGGAGAACAAGCAGCGUGAUCAGCAAGAAGCGCGCCAUAUGGCCGAAGUCUUCAAUCGCGAGUAUAAGCCGGAUGUUCAGCUUCGGUACGUCGACGAGUUUGGUCGCAACAUGAACCAGAAGGAAGCGUUCAAGCAACUGAGUCACCAAUUCCACGGCAAGGGCAGUGGUAAGAUGAAGACGGAGAAGCGACUAAAGAAGAUCGAGGAAGAGAAGAAGCGCGAGGCCACGAGUGCCCUGGAUAGUAGUCAGAACGGCGGUAUGAACAACGCCGUUGGUACCGCUGCACGAAAGACCGGCCAGGCUGGUGUUCGUCUGGGUUAA